GUAGCGUUUCUCUCUAGUGCUUGAGGCGGCUCCGAUUUGGAGAGCCCUUCGCCAUCUCCACGGGGACGUCUGUGCACGGAUGGACCCGCCCGGAUCCGGCGGGAAGCGGCCUGGCAGGCGGCGGCCCCGGCGACAUCAGCGGAGGCAAGACUGGGCAGAAGCUGCGGGUCCCUGAGGCACGCGAGCCCACCGGGCCCGGCGGCGACACCAUGAUGCCGGGCGAGACUCAUUCGGCGGCGCCCGGGUCGGCGGCAGACCUCUCGCGGUGUCAGGGCUGCGCUUCUUUGCAGCAGAAUUUAAAUGAAUAUGUUGAAGCAUUAAUUACCUUGAAGCAAAAAAUUAUCAAUACAGAUAAUUUGUUAACAGAAUAUCAGAAGAAAUGUGAUGAGCUACAGUUUGCAAGAAGAGAGAAUAGUACUCUGCAUCACCAAGUGGAACAGAUGCUUCAAAAAAUUUCUCCUCUGCAGAAAUGUCAGGAAGAAUUAGGAUGUUUAAAAGCAGAGCUAGAAGAAAAAAAGAGUUCUCUAAAGUUGUAUCAGAAUACUCAUCAGGAAUAUGCUCGAGUCAAAGAAGAAUGCUUGAAAAGUGAUGCUCAGAAGAAGAAACUAGAAGCUAAAGUGAAGAAGCUGGAAGAGGCUGCUGUCAAGCAAACUCAGGACUUCAAGCAACUGAGAAAUGAAAAGAAAAUACUUGAGAAGGAAUUUAAGAAGACACAGGAGAGACUUGAUGAAUUUUCUAAACAGAAAAAUGAGAAGGAGUUGAGACACAUUGGAACCCAAAUUUCAAGUGAUUCCUAUGGAAGCAUAGAUAAAAGAAAAGUGAAAUUGCUCCUGAAGGAACUCUGGCUCUGUGUGAACACAGCACACAGACUCCCUGGUGACGUCAGCAAGCGCAUCCCAGCCCCCCCUGAAAAACCUGCCAAAGAAAACACCAGAUCCAGAGCAUCUGGGGAAGAUGGAGCUCUAACUCCAGCAGAAGGCAGUCCUCGCAGGACCGCAGAUGUACAGACAUGCCUCACGGAACUGUCCAUGGAGGUAGAGGGCUGCUUUGAUUCUUGUGAGAGUCCAGAAGAGGAGAGGCCCAUUGGAGCAAACCACAGUGCUGACCUUGUUUCUAAUGAGGGCCGGAAUCCUGUGGUCUUAGUGCAGAGUCCUGAUGUUGGGGACCAUGGUCACUUUUUUGAUGAAGAUCUUCAAGCUGCAAUUGACUUCUUCAAAUUACCCCCUCCUCUUCUGUCUCCAGUGCCCUCUCCCCCUCUGAUGUCACCCCCACACCUGGACUCCUUACCAUCUUCACUGGCAACCGAAACCUACUUUGGAGAAUAUACAGAUUCCAGUGAUAAUGAUUUGGCCCCACUUAGAAAUUCUGCUGAGUCUGCUUCAGAAGAUGACACAGCUGAAUCACAGGAUUAUUUUGGCUUAUCCAGGAAAAACAAAAGAAGGAGUACAUGGAAGGAGAAGCCCAAAUCACAUGAAGCCACCCAAAUUCCAAAUGAGUUUGCAGUAAAUAGAGUGACAGCUGUUGGAUUUGAGACUUCAACAGCAGCACUGGGAGAACCUUCAGCCACAUCUUCUUUAGCUCAGGAAAAGCACUGGACAGUAUCACCUGAGCUUGUGAAUGAUAAAAAGAGAGACAUUUCAGAUGAGGCAAAAAGACAAGUGGAGAUCAGGAAGAUGGGUAAAUCUGUGCAAGCUGAGAAAAUGCUUCAUAAGCCCACCAGGAGUCUGUCGGUUGAGAAGUUGUCUGGCGGCCUAGCAGGAGAGAAGGACACACUGACCAUGAAGUCAGAGGUGUAUUUUUCUCCCCUUGGCAAGAGGCCAUUGAAUGAACUUACUGAAUCUGGAGAGGGAACCCUGUUAUCAAAAAAGGUAGGAUCACCCCAAUCGGAGUUUGCUAAGUGGACACUUGCUGAGGAGAUCGCUUCCAAACCAGACUGUGUAACAAUUUCUGGCCAUUUUCAGAGAAUAUCUAGAGAGAUGGCAAAGGAAAGGGAAUGUAUGCAAGGGUCCACGUCAGAAUCACCUGAACCAGAGGGCAUUGACCCAGGUGGUAUGAUGGGUGCAGUGGACCUUGACAUUGAAGCCAGAUUUUCUUCCCCUUCUACCUCGGUACCAGCGUCUAUUUGCAGUAAUCCCCAGACUUCCCGGGUACAGUAUGUUAAAGAUGCAGAUAUUCCAACUAAAGUAAUCCCUGCUAAACUGUGUCAUUCAGAACAAAAACUGCAAACUCAAACUUUAAACACAUUACUUCUGCAGUCUGAGCCGCCAGAGUGUUCUAUACAAGAAAAUGACCUGGAGAACAGCUUGCAUAAUUUGAGCCCAGAACUGGGAGUAUCUAAUUUUAAUGAUCAGAAUAGCAGCCAGAUUGAAUGUGCAAAAAUUGUUAAAGGCAUGACCAAAACUUACUCACUUCUUCAGUCAAUAUUUAGGAAGGCUACAAAAGAUGGACAAUGUGAACAUCAAGAUCCAGCUAUUGAGGUCACACUACAUAAGUCACGUUUGACUUCCUUAACAGAUUCUCAGGCUGGCUUGAUCAAGAGUAGCUCUGGUUUUGCUGAAAGCACUUUGUGGCACCAGAGCGAUCUAUUAAGGAGAGGUGAUGAAGAAUGUCAUAGAGCUACCUCAGAACAUGAACAAAUGACUAGUCAUCACUUAGAAAAGACAGUGCUAGCCUUACAAAGUAGAGGAUCAGCAGCCACUCUUAAACUUCCUAGCGAAGAUGCUAGUCCUGUGGAAUUCAAGACUCCUGCUUCUUUACUGCCUAAUCAAGUGUCAGUUAUCACAAAACAGGCAAGACCUGAAAAGAGUACUAAUGUGGAGCACUUCAGACUGCCUGGGAACGAAGCAACCUCAACCCUAGAAAAUCGCAUUAACAAAACUGAUGAGAUGUCAUGUGUUGCAAAGUGUGCUGGGGACAGGGCUGAAAUGGCAGGAAACAGCGAGGGAACACCUGCUGCCAAAAGCACUUCACUGGGACUUUCUCCUUCUUGGAGAAAAUUAGAUUCCGAUUCUCCAAGUGGCUCUUUACUAGAAGAAAAUGUUGAUUGUUCUACAGAUAGUAAGUUGCCUUUCUCAUCUGAAGAUAUCCACAUCCAAAACCAGGAUGCUGCGAGGGAAAUGGCAGAGGAGGAAGAGAUGCAGGGUGAGGCGCAGAGCGAGGCUCAGCAGCCUCUGCAGUCUCCACACACCACAGAUCCUGAACCAUGUGGCCUGGGUGGUCCUGCAGUGCUUCCCACUGAGGCGACUGUGUCAGGCGGCUUUCCUGUGGAAGAGAUACCCUGUGGAGACACAGGCAGACCAGGCACGGAUGCCCCAGCUAUUGCAAAUGAUCCUCCUAGCACAGUGGAAAGUCCUGGUGAACUUUCCAGGUCAACAUCCACAACACCUUGUGCUGCUUUUUCCAAACAUUUUGUCACCAUGGAUGCUGCUUUUUCUUCAGCAUUUUGCAGAAAAGAAGAGGAUAGCUCCAACAGUAAUCUCUCUGAUACUUCCUACUACUACACAGGCAUUCGGGAGGGAGGAGAAGACACUGAGGCAGAGGGAAGUGAGGCGCUCAGCUGCAGUGAGGGUGAGCACGAGGCUGAAGCUGUGACUGGGACUAGACAGCAGGAGGUGACCAAUGGCACUCAGAGGGAUUUGGAAGAGAGAGAGGCUGGGGUGGCUGAGUCAAGAGUUAUGGCAGAUGUAGGGUAUUUGACCUCAGCUCUGCAGGAUUUUAACAUAAGUACUUUUCCUGACAUAGAUAGACUUUCUACAUCAGAGGUUGUUAUGUUUCUUGAAAGUUGUCAGUUAAGGGAUUAUAGUUCAGGAGACUCUGUUUCAGAAUGUUCUAGCAAAGGAACUCUAAAUAAAGAGAUGAACAAAGAUUUAAAGCAAAGUGAAAUUUCAGGAGAGAAAGGUGGGAAGCAACCAUGUGAAGAAGAAACACUUGGAACCUCUGAAGAGUGGAUUGAAUCAGAAGAAGAUGAUUAUUUAAAAACUUCAAGUGAGCUUGCACAGUGUUCUUUAGAAACCCUUUCCGAGGUUCUCACCAAGAUUGGUCAAGAACUUCAAACAAAUUAUGAGGACUGUAAUAGUAAGGAUGCUGACAGUUUAUUAGAUAUGCAUGACAACCUUACCACGGAGGACUUGAAAGAAAACAUUCCACCUGAGGAAACAAGUAGCCUGGCACCUCAGACUUCAGAACAGCCCCUGCUAACAUACAGCCUAGACAUUAGAGGCAGCUCUCCUGUGAGUGCUGGAUCUCAUCCUGAGCACACUCGGAGCAGACCUGAGGAUGAUCCCAGUGCUGGUGGGUGCACCGCUGGUGAGGAAGAGGGCCUGGCAGAGCCUGUGGAACCAUCAGCCCUGGGUUCUGCCUCUGCAGUAGAGCCCAGGGUAGAGCAAAGCUCUGGUUGUGAGGCUGAGACAGCAUUUCAGUAUCAGAUAUCCACAGUGACCUCAGAAGUUAUAAAUGUACUUAUAAACAAGGGUCAGAAUCUAGUCAUUGAGAAGGGGGACAGUUGGACAAUCAUCAGUGGUGUCGCCAUCUCACCAGGCAUGGAGCAGGCUGUGCUGUGUGAACCUCCUAGGGAUGUGCCUGUUGCUCAGGAUCAGGAAGGGCUAGAAAUUGGAUUUGUUUCAGAGACUUCUGAGAAGUCCCCAGAGACAAGUCACACUGGCCCUCCAUUUCAGGAGCCUCCAUGUGACAGUGAUCUUUCAGGCACCCAAGAGGAUGUUUCAAGCAGUGGUCAGAGUACCAACUUUGAUAAAAGUCGUUUGCGGAACAGGCCUGUUAAGCCUAGUAUAUGGAUUAGUUCUCAAAUAUAUGAUCAGACAUUUGAAACUCAGAAUGUGGUAUCAGAUCACACAUACUAUAACUCAAAACUAGAGCCACUUGGCAAAAAUAAGAACCGGUCAAAGAUCUCAAACAAAGAUCAAUCAAACAAGCCAAUGAAGACUUCAACAUUGAGCAAAGGGGAAGCUCAUCAAAGUGAAAUCUGUCAACCCUUUGCAGGGGAAAGAGGUACAAAAACUCAGAGAAGUCAAACUCAGCCCAUUCUGGCAAAUGCUGAUACAUCUACUCCCACAGAUUGUUCUCCUGACACUCUGAGCAGGAUACGGCAAGAAGUGGGGCCCCCACUGCCUCCUCUGCUUGCUCCUCUGAUAGCUACACCUCCACGGACUUCACAGCCACUUUCUCCUCUGAUCUCAAGUUCUAGUCCUUCCUCACCAGCCUCUCCCACUGGCCAGAUUUCCCCCUCAUGUGAAAUCCCCGUGCCUCCUGUGUUGUCUCCAUGGCCAGAGGACCCCCUGUGUGUUUCCCCCCAAGAUCCCUCCCCAUCUCCAUCUGCGGUGGCCAGUGGAAGGGUAUUGUCCUCUCCUUUGCAGUUCUGUGCAGCAACACCAAAACACGCGCUUCCUGUGCCCGGCAGACUUCCGCCUUGCGCGCCUGGCCCCACUACAGUGGGAGGGCCACAGGAGAAUUCCGUGAAAAUCCUUGACACCAUGUACCCAGAGUUGUCUGCCAGGGCACGGACCCUCAGCAUCCUCAAGGGGAAUAUUCAGCUCUCUCGAGGGGCAUCUGCAGAUGGUAAGAUGUUACCAGGGCGGGUCAGUGCUCUGAUAGGGCUCAAAGCGAUCACUUCAACAUCAACUGCCUUCGUCAAAACAGGAGGCAGUUCUGGUGGUGAAGGUGGCCAAAGCAAGUCAAGAGAUGUGGGGACUCAGCAAGAUCCAAGUGGGAAAAGAAUGUUAUCAGCAGCUACACUGAGGAGUGCUAAAAGAUUGCGCCUGGACAGCGAGUCCCCAGAACCAGAACCCAGGGUGAGCACUGUGGAGGGAGUCCACAGGAACCUUCUGAGAAAACCCCAGCAAGCUGAAGUCAACACACCAGAGGAGGAAGGAAGCUCGGUGCUUGCCGGUAGCCCAGCUCCACAGCUAGCUCCUGUAAGCCGAAAAGAAACCGUGGAGCCGCGUGAUAAAGCCAUAGCUCAUGCACUGAAGAAAGUUGCUGAGGCAUCUUUUGACCUGUUGCCCGUCAUUCGAAGUCACGUGUAUGUGGGGAAUAUCUCCAAAAAGCCUGUGAUGAGAGAUCAAGAGAAAGAAGUUGUUUAUGAAUUUAGCACAACCAAAAAGCAUUUAGCAGAGUUCUUGCUUCGCUCUAUUCUGUCAGAAUUAAAAGUUCAGAAGACCUCUGUGGACCAUAAUUAUAUUCAUGCCCUAUGCAGAGUGUAUGUGGGUGUUUGUCGGCAACUUGGAGACUUGGAAAGAGCUCGUUUGUUUUGUUACAGUUUACUUAAGGAAGAUUUUCCAGAGUCUGAGAAAUUGACUUUGUUUAUUGCAAACAUGUGGCAUGAUGUGUUUCUCUCUCAGUCGGUGAUUAGUAAAGCAAUGCAGUUAGUUGCCAGGCAGCGUGCUAAAGGCGAGGUUCUGAACUGCUUGAGAGCCUUUCUCAAUUGGGAAAAGAAUGCACCAGUGGAUGUUGGCAUCAUGGUUUCUAAGCUGCUUUUGACCAUACAGUUAUGUCCAAAAACAGAAUUCCAGUGCAGUGAGAAAUACGGUGAAGACCUAAGUGAUAACACUUGGGAAUACAUAUUUGCCAUUGAUCUGCUCUGCUGCCAUCAGAAGUGGAUUUGGACACAUGAUAACAUCAUAAGUAAGGAGCUAUGGCCUGUAAUGGAUAAGUGGAUAAAACACAGAAAAGGUCAUGCGAACAUUGCGUAUACUCCUGAUGUUAUUAUAGCAUCCAUACUGAGACUGAUUGGUCGCUUAGGCCAAUUGGGUUUGAAAGAAGGAUUUCCAACUGCUGUGAAAAAUAUUAGUUCAGUUAUUGGUAUGUUUAUACAGCAUGCUCAGGAUGAAGAUAUCCCAUGGGGUAUACAGUUAGCAGCUGUAUAUGCUCUCUGUGACUUGAGUCCCAGUAAUCCAGCAGAAAUAUCCAAGAUCCUGGAAGCUUGGCGGAGAGAGACCUCCAAUAGCAUCCCAUCUGCAAUCAUUAGUUGCCUGGAAGAGGUCGGCUCCCUGAGUGCAGAGUGUGCAGCUGACAGGGGUGGGCACUGGGAGAGAGAAGUGCCUUGACACUUUUGAUAGCACAGAAUAUCUGCCUUUGGAAUACAGACUAAGGUCCAACAGAGGAAGGCAUAAGAUCCAUCAAAUGACAGGAGCCCUCCUUGGCGUUUGACAAAGAUGUGGGAGAAGCAAGCAGUUACAUAUUGUCUUUUUUCCUAAACCACAUACAUUUCAGUUAUGGCUGUUGCAGUCAUGUGACGUAUGGAUUGUAUUGUGUCUUGGUCAAACAACAAAAACUUGAAUUUAGCCCUUUUUUUGCUGCAGAAAGUGUCCUUUUAGUGGCUUCUAAAAGUUGAGUGGCAUUUUAUAAUGAACUUAGCAGUAUAAAAACAUGAUCUGGUUCCUGAGUAUUUUUUAACUUUAUGCUCAAAUGAGUGACUAGAAAAAAUAAGUUGGCUCAAAAAAAGAGCUAGAAGAGUCUCCUGCUGUCUUAGCUGGAAAUGGGCUGCAAAGGUUUCCUCGUGAUGUAGUGCAUAGUUGACCAGAGUAAAACACCGAAAGCCGUUAGCAGAAACUCACUUUAAUGCAUUUUCUUCAUGUAUCUAAAGUUCCUUAAGAACAUCUAACUGUGUAUCAGGAAGAGCGGUGAACAGCAGGUGUUCCCUGGCAGGCUUCUGCAUCAACAACCUGUAUAUUAGUGCUUCAGAGAUGAGCGCAGGCAGAGCUCUGUGUGCUGUGUGCAUGCGGACCGGGCUACGAUGUGUCUCCCAUUGGAUGAUAUUCCACUUUCGGAAUUUUAGUAUUUGUAUAUAGAAAAUGGGUUUAAUAACUCACCGUGACUCUGAUUUGUCUUACAGUCAUCAUUUCUUAAAACUCUUGUAUGUGUUUUUUAUAAUAAAAAAUAAAAAUAAGCC